AUGAACCCCGUCAUCUACGCGUGCUCCAGUAAGGAAUUCAAGCGAGCCUUCAAGAGGAUUUUACAGUGCCAACUCCGAAGGCGACCGCGCUCGUUCCUGCAAGAGACAUGCGCGGCGUCUUCCGUGGCCGAGCUGCAUACGACGCCUACCACGCGUCAUAUCGUUCGAAGCUUCUCGAGAAAGUUCAGGAAGCAGCAAAUGACGCUCCGGAAGAAAGCCGAGAACUCACUCAAGAGAAGCGGCUCUCUGCGCGGGAAGACCCUCUUCCGUCAGCGCCUGACGGAAGAAUCACCGCUAAAGGACGACCUUUGCCCUGAGUCGCCAAUCCCUUCCCUUCGACUGUUUCACAAGAAGCGGAAAGAAAUGAGUGAACUCAGCCUCCGCCAGGCGGCAGUGGCGGCCACGGUGGCGGCUUCAGAAGGGGAGGACGACGUAGAGGAGGAGGAAGAAGAAGAGGAAGAAGAGGAGGAACGUGCCUAUCAGCACAGCGAUUAUAUUUCGUCAGAGGACGAAAAGUCAGAUAAUCUUGACGAGGUGCUGACGGACUUGACGGAAAGCGUGCACGCGAGCAAGCUCUACAACAACGGAAGUCGCUUCUCGGACAACGAGGAGUAUAUCAACGCCGUUCUGUCAAAACGGCGCGAACAGUUGGCCAGACCCUUCCGCUUGGAAAACACUUUUGUCGUGCCGAAAAUCGUCAUCCAAUGGGACUCGGAUUCUGACGGCAGCAAAAUAGAAGACCUUCGAAGUACGGCCUACUCGACGAAAAAUGUGACUGGCAGGACAGAAGUAUAG